AUGGGCAGACCAGAGAGAACAAAUAUGAAGCUUUUGAGUUGCUCCCAGGAAUGUCACUAUGUUUGUUUAAUUUAUAUAUUUAAAGGGUGCGAAGAGGAAAACUGUAAUAGUUCCCCAAACCAGGAAAAUCGGAGCACAUCUUUAAACAUUUUUAAGGAAAUUAAUAACCUCAAUUCAAAGAGGAAAGGGAUAAACCCUUCUGACACCUUACCUUUCAUUGGGUUAACACAUGCCCAUAAGAUGAACAGGAACUGCUGCCAAAAUGGAGGAACCUGUUUCCUGGGGACUUUCUGCAUCUGUCCAAAGUAUUUUACUGGUAGACACUGUGAACAUGAUAAACGUAUCAGAUUCUGUGGCAUCAUGAGGCAUGGGGAAUGGACCAAGGACGGCUGCCUCCUCUGCCAGUGUGUCCAUGGGGUCCUUCACUGUCUUCCUCAUGGUCUUAGAGAUGGCUGUGGGAAGGGUCUGGAACUCCUGCAGAGCGGAUUUAUAACUAUGCCUAUCACAACAGAGCUAGCGCAUCAUUGA